UUUCGGCAAAAGUAGCAGAACAGGCCGCGGAGGGGGAUGAGGAAGAAACCAAGUGGCGGGGGGGAGAACGGGCAGCCGCGGCAACAGCGGCCCUAACUCGAGGCGGUGCCGGAGACCCGGUCAAAAAUGCUGACCUUUGAGAAAGAAAGGUGUAGUGUAUUGAGCCAUUCUUAAUAUAGGACUGAAAAUGCCACCAGCGGAGAGUGAGGCAAAGGCAAAAACCAAGGUUCGCUUUGAAGAAAUAUUCAGGAGUCAUUCUGGGCUAACAGAAAAAAAGAAAUCAAAGAAGCAAAAAUUUCAUUCUCAUGAGAAUAUUGUGCUUGACACCUUUAGAAAUAAUCUUGAUCUAGCUAAAGAAAGUGGAAAUGAUGAGGUAAUUAUAAACAACACUUAUAAUCCUGAGGAAAAGAGCCCCCGGUUUACAAAAAACAAACUAAGAGACAAAGCCUCAGUUGCAGAAAAAAUAAACAAUGAUGUUGUUAGUGGAGAAGAAAACAAGCAACCAAAGUCUAACAAGAAGAAAAAGAAAGCAGUGUUACAAGAACAAUUUAAUGAGGAGGAAAAGGUAUAUGAAACUAAAUUGGAGAGUUUUGAAAAACAGAUUACUGAUUUGCCAAAGAAAAAAACAAAAAGUAAAUCACAAACAGAUGCAUCUCGUCAAAAAGGUAACAACAAGAUAAAAAGUACCUUGAAUGAAGCGAGAGAUGUUACUGAAUUAGAAGAGGAAGAACAGCUAAUUCAAGCCUAUCAGCUGCAAGUGGCUGAGGAUGAGGCAAAUAUAAUUAAGGAGAAAAUAAGAAAAAAACUUAAAGAACAGAUGUCUGAAUUCACCUCCAGUGUUCAAAGCCAAAAAGUUGUAUUGAACAAUGAAGUGGGCAAAAAGAAGAAAAAGAAGAAAGAAGUGCCAGUUGUAUCUGAAGCUGAAACAAGUGCGAUGUCCCUUGCUGAACUACAGCAUAACCCACUGGAAGAUAAUCCCAGAAAAAAGAAGUCAUCAGGAAGACUGCUUGCAUCAUAUUUUAAAGAUGAAAUGAACACAGAGGAACACAAGGAGGAGGAAGAUGUGGAAAAACUGAAACCUAAAAUAAAGAAAGCAAAAAAGAAAUCCCCAAAAGGUUUGUGCAAUCAAAAUAUUAUAGUCAAAAUCCUUGAUUUCUUAAGCAUGGAUGAAGCAAGAGCCAACUCUGAAGUGCAAAUUAAGGAAAGUGGUUUUCGCAAAAUCUCUUGGGCAUUUCUAAAGCUUGUAGGUGCAAACGGAGUCCUAAACAUUGAUGGGAAACUACGUCUGCAAUUAUAUUAUCCACCUCCAAGGACCAGGACACAGUCAAAUGUUGUUGAGGUUUUUGAUUGGUGGGCAAAAGGUCCUAGAAAUCGUUACCCAUCAACAUUAUAUGUAACUGUAAAAGGCAUAAAACUACCAGAUCAUGUAGAUCCUUCUUUCCGUUCUAUGAUGGCUGUUCAGCAGGAACAAGGUAGCACGUCAUUCCGUGAGCUCCAGAAUGAAGUAUCAAAAAAAGCUACUGUGUAUAGUCCACAUGAGAAAAAGGAGCAGUUAAAAUGGACAAGACUGCCUGGACAGGCUUGUCGUAUACCAAACAAGCAUCUCUUUUCACUGAGAGCAGGAGAUAUGGGAUGUUUCUGUAUUCGUUUUUCUCAAGAUGGAAAAACAUUAGCAGCAGCCUGUGCAGGGAGGGAUGGUUAUCCUAUUAUUUUAUAUGAGAUUCCUUCUGGACAAUACUUGAGAGAAUUUUAUGGCCACCUUAAUAUUGUAUAUGAUCUUUGUUGGUCAAAAGAUAAUGAGUACCUCCUUACUGCAUCCUCUGAUGGCACUGUCAGAAUGUGGAAAAUUGAGACCCAGGCUACAACUUCUGUGAGAGUUUUCCCUCAUCCUUCAUUUGUUUACACUGCAAAGUACCAUCCAGUUGCUGACUAUCUUGUGGUGACAGGAUGUUAUGACUCUGUAAUUAGGGUAUGGAAUACAAAAGUGAAAGAGCUCUAUGGUCAGUUGCUACAGGAGUUUGAUGGUCACAAAAGUUUCAUCAAUACACUGUGUUUUGAUGCAGAAGGACUUCACAUGUUCUCAGGAGACAGCUCAGGGCUGAUUAUAGUUUGGAAUACCUUUGUCAAAGGAAGUUCACAACAUCCAGUCCAACACUGGAGUAUUAAUAAGGAAAUAAAAGAAAAUGAUAUUAAAGGGACUCCAAUAAAUCAUUUAGAGGUACAUCCAAAUGGAAGACGUUUAUUAAUCCAUGCCAAAGACAGUGCUCUGAGAAUUAUGGAUCUCAGAAUCUUGGCUACAAAGAAAUACAUAGGUGCCACAAACUAUAGAGAGAAGAUUCACAGUACCUUAACACCAUGUGGGACAUUUCUUUUUUCUGGAAGUGAAGAUGGGAUAGCAUAUGUUUGGAAUCCAGAAACAGGUGACCAAGUAGCCAUGUAUUCUGACCUCUCCUUCACAUUUCCAGUUCGAGAUGUCGCCUUUCAUCCACAUGAACACAUGGUGUCAUUUUGUGCCUUUGGUCAAAAUCAGCCAAUACUUGUGUACAUUUAUGAUUAUAAAGUUGCACAGCAGGAGGCUGAAAUAGUAAAAGAUCUCAAUGGGUCACUCGCAUCAACAACACCCAGAGGGCCACAAAUUCUUAGCAAUUCUUCUCAUAUUUCUGCACAGAAAGAUUCAACAAUGUCUCCAGCAGAUCAAUUUGUCAGUGUUGCAAGAGUAUCUAUGAGAAUGCAGAAAGUGAAGCAGAAACUUGACUCUGUUAUGACCAGCUCAAAUCUCAUGCUUCCGGCUCCAUCACUGCUCUCGCCACACUCCAAGUUAAGGCUGCCAAGUACUCUGGGCACUUCACUGAUUCCUCAGUGUCCUUUCAUGUCUCAAAACGGGAGUUUCAGCCCAGUAGGAAGUCCUCUUAGCCGAACACCAUCAGUCAGACUACAGACGAGUGAUGACCUUCUGGUUACAUCAUGUAUGAGAGGAGCAAAUAAUUCUACACCAGUGCAAGAGAUAGUAGUGGCUCUUUAUGACUACACAGCGCAUCGAUCAGAUGAGCUAACCAUCCAUCGCAGUGACAUUAUCCAAGUGUUAUACAAAGAUAAUGAUAACUGGUGGUUUGGCAGCCUAGCAAAUGGACAGCAAGGCUAUUUUCCAGCUAAUUAUGUGGCUGGUGAAACUGAAUAUGAAAAGGAACAGUCUUCUGAAUUAGUACCAGAUUCUACUCCUCUUCUACAUCAUGAACAAACAGAAGCAGAAGUAAGAUAUCCAGCGCCACAUGGGAUGUCAGCAGUCAUCACCAAGUCAGGGGACCUGAAAUUUAUCUCAGAGCAUGACACAGAUAUAGACUCACCUGUGACACAAGUUACAAAGAAGAAGAAAAGGAUACUGAAGAAUGAAACAAUGGAAAAUCCGCCAAAUUUAAUGGCUCUUGACACGCCUGUAUCAUCAAGUACCACUAACAGUGUUGAAAACAAACCUAGAACACAUGGGUUAGAACUGAAGAAGAAGAAAAGAGCAGUGAAAAACUCAAGUGCAAGUGGAAAGACAAAUGUUGCCUUUGAGCCCGACAGUUGAAGUGUAGUCAUCAUUUAACUCCGGAUAUAGGUGUUGCAUUCAGAAUAUUAUAUUCAAAAAAAUGGAUUUGAAUGGGAUUUAUGCUGAAAUGAUAAUCUCACUUUCAGGAUAAAAAAACAUUGAAAACCAAAACAUUAAACAUAGACAAACACAAAAUUCCCCCAUACUCCUUUCAAGACAUGCCAUGUGGUAUGGAACCUAAUUCUGCAAGGAACCUGGCACCUCCAGCUCUUACUGAGAUUAACGAAACUUGAGUAUCCAGCACUUCACAGGAUUGGGCUCCUGGACAGUUCAAGCCUGAAGUUUGACUUUCAUAUUUCCCAAGAGCAGCAUUUACAGAUGCAUUCUGAAAUAAUCUAAGUCCCGAUUCUGCUACCUUUCUCAUGCUGACUAGAAUUUUACUGUUGGAAAGAUUCCCAUUGACUUCAAUGGGCGUUGGAUCCAAGCCAUUUUUGAGCAUGAGUAAAGGUGGUAGAGUGAAGUCCAAAGUUGUUAGUACUCUGUGACCUAAAAUGAAACAAGCUUGACCAAGAUAGAAGGUUUCGUGUUAGCAAUUUUGAUUUUCUUGCACGUAAAAAGACAGACCGUAUUCUGUAUUUAGCAUGUGAGCACUCUGAAAGAAUUUUACACAGGUCUACAUGAAAACAUACACUUUUUCUGUCUUCCUGUUGUUGAGUAUUCACUUUGGACUAGAUUUUGCAAUCCUUGUUUAUAUUGGUGAACACCUACUUAUGCAAGUAAAUUGACUUCAGUGGAACUACUUGUAGAUAAAGCUCACCAACAUGAGUAUGGAUUGGAAAAUUCAUCUUUUUGGUACAUUGAUUUUUAAAAUGAAGGCUUUUUAUAAAUAUAUAAAUGUGCACUAAAACUUUGUAAAACUCAGUUUUUGCUGCACUCAGAGCAGCAUUGCCAAAUAUAUUUUACUUUAUUUUGAAGAAAUGUUUCAUAUCAAAAUGGGUAGUUUAUUUUAUGCUGUGUGUAGUAUUUAUUUCCUUUAUAUGUUUAGUUUAUCUCUGUUUUAAAUUAAUAGCACUAUGUUGUGAACCAUUAUUAAUUAUUUCAAUAACUUCUUACAAUACUAUCAUUUUACAUUCGACAUUAAAUGAAAUACUUUCCA